UCAUGUAAUCCUCCCGACAGAAAAGCUAUGCCCAUUUCAUAAAAAAAGGAGGAUACCCGACCGAGAUUAUACACCAAGUAAAAAGGUGUAUAGCGUGAAACUCAGAUCUCUUCUCUCAAGCAAACUUUGUUUGCAAAUAGGGCGCGGUCCUAUUCUCAGUGCUAUGACAGAAGUCUGCACCGGCUGCAGGGAAAACAAACGAGGUGCAUCUCAGACUCUCAGUGGAGUUCAGGAUAAGAGUCAAACCCUGUUGCUCAGCGCAUCAAUACCAGGUUCCCCAACGCCUUCGCCCUUCCGCUGGGGCUCGGUCGCUCUUCCGGCACGGACCAAAGAAGCGGCCCUUGGAUGUCUCUCGUCUUUGCUUAGGGGUGUGGGACUUCGGCCGAGGAAACGUCUUCAUCCCCACCAUCGCCACAGCCGACCCUUAACGGGGCUCCACCGCACCCUUAAUCUCUGUGCUACCCUAGAACCCCGGCGCUGCCGUCUUCACCGUCAGAGACACGGCCCUUUUGGCUCGAGGGACACCGAGCCGCCCGGAGAUCCGGGCUGUGGCGCCGGAAGAGGCGGAGGCGGCGGCGGCGCGUGACGUCAGGGGACGUGCCUGCCGCCGUGGGCCUGCGGGUGGGAAGUGCUGGUGUCAGGCCGGGGUUCAGAGACUCCCCGCAGACCGCCUGCGGCAGAGCAGGCCCGAGGCAGCGCGGGGUUUGCUUUCGGAAGAGCGGCUUUAAAACCUGCGCGCCCGGCUCCGCUGGCAGAUACCAUUGUGUAGUUUGAAUCAGGAAUGAAAUUUUCUGAAAGCUAAGCGUAAAAGUCUUGGUCAGCAUGGAGGACAAAAGACGGCGAGCCCGAGUGCAGGGAGCCUGGGCUGGUCCUGCUAAGAACCAGGCCACUGUUCAGCCAGCUCCCACUGCUGAGAACAAUUUCCAACAGAGACCUGGUAAAACCUGGAUGAACAAGGAGCAGCAUCUGUCUGACAGACAGUUUGUGUUCAAAGAACCCCAGGAGGUGGCGCGCAGAGCCCCAGAGCCACGAGUGAUUGAAAAAGAGGGUGUAUAUGAAAUCAGCGUGUCACCCACAGGCAUAUCUAGGGUGUGUUUGUGUCCUGGUUUUGUUGACUUGAAAGAGGCCGACUCAGUGUUUGAACAGCUUUGUCGGGAUGUUCCCUGGAAGCAGAGGACCGGCAUCAGAGACGAUGUAACUUACCAGCAACCAAGACUUACAGCAUGGUAUGGAGAACUUCCUUACACUUAUUCAAGAAUCACUAUGGAACCAAAUCCUCACUGGCAUCCUGUGCUGCUCACGCUGAAGAACCAAAUUGAAGAGAACACUGGCCACACCUUCAACUCCUUGCUUUGCAAUCUUUACCGAAAUGAGAAGGACAGCGUGGACUGGCACAGCGAUGACGAACCUUCACUGGGGAGGUGCCCCACCAUCGCUUCACUCAGUUUUGGUGCCACACGCAUGUUUGAGAUGAGAAAGAAGCCCCCGCCAGAAGACAAUGGAGACUACACGUAUGUGGAGAGAGUGAAGAUACCCUUGGAUCAUGGGACCCUGUUAAUCAUGGAAGGGGCCACGCAGGCGGACUGGCAGCAUCGAGUGCCCAAAGAGUACCACUCCAGAGAACCAAGAAUAAACUUGACCUUUCGGACAGUUUAUCCUGACCCUCGAGGGGCGCACUGGUGAUGUGAGAUCCUGGAGAGGGAAGCCGCGCUGAGGCUGAGCAAACCUUCCUCCAUGAAGACACUUCCGGAGGCUGGUCCAGCUGCUCUCGUGGCUGUCUGGAGGAUGAGGAUGGGAUUUACUUUCCAGCUUGGAGUCCUAUUAAAUGACAGCCUGCAGUUCGUGUUCAAAAUACGUUUACUGUGAGAACAGUAAUCCCGAAUCACAUUGUGAAAUCACAUAUUUUCUUUAGGCAGAUUAAAAACCGAUGUGGCUGUGUUUACCAAUGA